ACGAAGCCAACUCAGAAGCAAUUCGAGCCACCAAGAUGGAGGUUCUGUGCAAAAUAUUAACCGUGUGCUUGCUGCUUGUCGGUGCUCAGGCAUUUCCGGCAAUUGAACCAGUCAAGAGCUCCGAGGAGCUCACCUGGCAGUCCCUGUUCUUCGAUGCUCUGACUGGAAACCUGCAGGAGCCGCAGGCUGAUGAGCUCAUCAGCUUGGAGGAGUGCACUGCUCUCUACACGGUGGAUAACAUUGAGAUUCUGUUGAGGGCUGGCUACAAGAUUCGUCGUUGCAACAAUGUGGAGUCCAAGGAUAUCGAGAGAUACUUGGAACGUCACGACGCCAUCUACACGAAGCACAACUUCGAAAGGGAGUUGAUUUCCUGCCACACCCGCGAUUGCUACGUGGAUACCGUUCUGAAUCUGUUCAGCUCGGUGCGUCGUAACCGCUACGAUCAUCGUCGCCGCAGGGCCUGCAUUCUCCGCGAGGUGGAGAGGGCAGCCGUUAAGCUGGAUGCUGCUUCUAUCGCUCUGGCCAACUGCCUUGCUCAGGCCCAGCCUCAGCCACAGCCGCCCCAGAACAGCACUGUGCCUCCUCCGCCCCAGAACACCACCGCCGGUGGACCUGGAUGGAACGGCACUCAAUGGCCCAAUACCAACACCACCCCCAACUUUACCACAACUGCUCUUCCCCCAUGGUGGGGAAACAACUCUACCCAAGGAACCCCUGGAAACACUACAGCUCUACCUCCAUGGUGGGGAAACAACUCUACCCAAGGAACCCCGGGAAACACUACAGCUCUACCACCAUGGUGGGGAAACAACUCUACCCAAGGAACCCCGGGAAACACUACAGCUCUACCACCAUGGUGGGGAAACAACUCUACCCAAGGAACCCCGGGAAACACUACAGCUCUACCUCCAUGGUGGGGAAACAACUCUACCCAAGGAACCCCGGGAAACACUACAGCUCUACCUCCAUGGUGGGGAAACAACUCUACCCAAGGAACCCCGGGAAACACUACAGCUCUACCUCCAUGGUGGGGAAACAACUCUACCCAAGGAACCCCGGGAAACACUACAGCUCUACCUCCAUGGUGGGGAAACAACUCUACCCAAGGAACCCCGGGAAACACUACAGCUCUACCUCCAUGGUGGGGAAACAACUCUACCCAAGGAACCCCGGGAAACACUACAGCUUUACCUCCAUGGUGGGGAAACAACUCUACCCAAGGAACCCCGGGAAACACUACAGCUCUACCUCCAUGGUGGGGAAACAACUCUACCCAAGGAACCCCGGGAAACACUACAGCUCUACCUCCAUGGUGGGGAAACAACUCUACCCAAGGAACCCCGGGAAACACUACAGCUCUACCUCCAUGGUGGGGAAACAACUCUACCCAAGGAACCCCGGGUAACACUACAGCUCUACCUCCAUGGUGGGGAAACAACUCUACCCAAGGAACCCCGGGAAACACGACAGCUCUACCUCCAUGGUGGGGAAACAACUCUACCCAAGGAACCCCGGGAAACACGACAGCUCUACCUCCAUGGUGGGGAAACAACUCUACCCAAGGAACCCCGGGAAACACUACAGCUCUACCUCCAUGGUGGGGAAACAACUCUACCCAAGGAUCCCCGGGAAACACUACAGCUCUACCUCCAUGGUGGGGCAACAACACUAGUAACGGACCAUGGGGAAACAACUCUACCCAAGUACCCUCAGGAAACACCACAGCUCCACCUCCAUGGUGGGGAAACAACACUACUAGCGCACCCUGGGGAAACAAUUCUACUCAAGGUCCCAACAACACCACUGAGAAUCCUUGGCUCGGAAACUCCACCCAGGGACCCUGGAGCACCACCACCGCCGACGACAGGUCCACCACCAAGGGUAACUGGUUCGAUCACCUGUUGAACGAGCUUGGAAACCUCUUCUAGACCCGAAAAUCCACUAGAGGCACAUCCCAACUGUUUGGGGUUUUGGUCAGUAGUCUAAGCUUUAGGCCAACAAAUAAAUAAACUUAUCAGCAUUGAAAA